GGUGGCGCGUGCGCGCUGAGGAGACGGAGAUCUCUCGCGAGGAAGGACGCCAUUAUCGCAGCCGCCCGACAAACACCACGAGAAUUCGGCACCGCACACGGAUUGCAUGUCUCGUAAAACUGCUUGUUUGGGGGCCUGCAGUGGUGUUUGACUGCAAAGUGCAGCCUGGUUCUGAAUGAUGUCAGAACAGGAUCUGGCAGAUGUUGUUCAGAUUGCCGUUGAAGACCUGACUCCAGACAACCCAGAGUGUUGGGGUUUCAGAAGCCAGUGGAUCUGUCGAAGCAGAACAGCUGAUGUGGCAACUCUGCUUCCUCAUGUUGUGUUGGCGAAUCAUGAAGUGACAGACGAUGAUGUAGAGCCUACUCUGAAACGUCAGCGCAUAGAAAUCAACUGCCAGGAUCCCUCUAUUAAGUCAUUCCUGUGUUCCAUUAAUCAGACAAUAUGCCUGCGACUGGAUAGCAUUGAGGCAAAGUUGCUGGCUCUAGAGGCUACCUGUAAAUCACUGGAAGAGAAGUUGGAUCUUGUCAUGAACAAACAGCACAGCCCCAUCCAGGUCCCCAUGGUGGCAGGUUCUCCUCUUGGCGCUACACAGACCUGCAAUAAAGUACGAUGUGUUGUUCCCCAGACCACUGUAAUACUGAACAACGACCGGCAGAAUUCAAUUGUAGCCAAGAUGGUUGGGCAGGAAGAGCCACUGAGCAGAGCAGCGGAUUCUCUGGAAAAUAUCCUUAGCAAUGCUGUUCCUGGACGUAGGCAGAACACCAUAGUGGUGAAGGUUCCAGGGCACGACGACAGUCACAACGAAGAUGGAGAGAGUGGCUCUGAGGCCAGUGACUCCGUUUCCAACAGCGGACAAUUAGGAAGCCAAAGUAUUGGGAACAAUGUCACUCUUAUUACGCUGAACUCUGAAGAGGAUUACCCCAACGGGACGUGGCUUGGAGAUGAAAAUAACCCUGAGAUGCGGGUCCGUUGCCCCAUCACCCCUGCUGACAUGCUGCACAUCAGCACCAACUGCCGCACGGCCGAGAAGAUGGCGCUGACGUUGCUCGAUUAUCUCUUCCAUCGGGAAAUUCAGGCCAUCUCCAACCUUUCAGGCCAGGGGAAGCAUGGCAAGAAGCAGCUCGAUCCUCUCAUGAUAUACGGAAUCCGCUGUCAUCUCUUUUAUAAAUUUGGGAUCUCAGAAUCUGACUGGUAUCGAAUCAAGCAGAGCAUAGACUCCAAGUGCCGAACAGCCUGGAGGCGGAAGCAGCGGGGGCAGAGUCUGGCUGUGAAAAGCUUCUCCAGGAGAACGCCUUCGUCGUCAUCUUACAGUGGUUCAGAGGGUCCUCAGAGCUCAGUGUCAGCUUCAAAUGAGAUCCAGCAGAACCAACCACAGGCACUGCACUACGCACUGGCCAACGCCCAGCAGGUUCAGAUCCACCAAAUAGGAGAAGAUGGACAAGUCCAAGUAAUCCCGCAGGGCCAUCUCCACAUAGCCCAGGUUCCUCAAGGCGAGCAGGUCCAAAUCACGCAGGACAGCGAGGGAAACCUGCAGAUACAUCAAGUGCACGUUGGGCAGGAUGGGCAGGUGUUGCAGGGCGCUCAGCUGAUAGCUGUUGCAUCUGCAGAGCCUGCAUCAGGAGGAGUUGAUGGAUCCCCACUGCAAGGCAGCGAUAUCCAAGUCCAGUAUGUGCAGCUCACACCAGUGACAGACCACUCUGCAACCAGUCAAAAGUUUUCCAGUUCUUUUGAUCCGCAGCCUGGAUUUCCCACGGGAGCUGCAGUGUAUGCAAUUGGCACUGACACCCUCCAGUCAGCAAUCCAACCAGAGAUGCAGAUAGAACACGGAGCAAUCCAAAUCCAAUAAGAAAGCGGUGAAAAGCUGCGUGAGCUGAGAUGUCAGCGAGCCACGGUGGGAAAUGGAGCCCUGCAGUCGUCGUGCAGCCCCAGGAAGAUGGACUCAUAGGCUGACAGUGGCUCCUGUGCACACAGCAGGUUUCUGACCAUCCGUUUGUGCUCACCCAGAACAAACCAGAGCCAAAUUUGCUGCAAUCGGAGCUGCAUCGCUGCGUCUGUUGAGAAUUUACCCCUCAGAAAAAUAAAGCAAACACGUGACCUGCCUGUAGGUAUAUUUAAGGAGGAAAAAGUCAGUUUGGAAAGAAACCCAACUAAUGGAAACAGUGAGACUUCAAUUCAUGUUUCAUCCUGUCGUUUCUUCUGUGAAAUACACCAUUUGAAUGUCUGCAAAAUGUCUUGGGAGGUGUAUUGCUGCUUCGCAAUACUUGCUUUACCACGUAUCAAGAAGAUCAAGAGCUCAAAUAUUUUUCACCGUUCAGACAGCUUUUUUAUUUGCAAUGGUGUUUAUAACAAAAAUGGAAAAUAUUAAAAAAAAAAAACAAAGGAAAAAGAAAAAGAAAAACCCCAUAACUGCGAGUAUUAGCCUUUUGCUGGUGUUUUCUGUUCAGUGUAAUGAAAAAUGUUUAUUUGCAGAAGACUAACAAUUUUGUUUGUACUGUUGCUUAACUACUUUUCUAGGGGAAAAUGCUUUUAAAUGCUGUAAUUAUGCAUUUCUAAUGAAAAAUAAAUGUGUAUUUAUGAAUA